UAGAGGGAUGAAAGGAAGCACCAGGACCAGUGAAGAUUAAAAGAAGAACCAGAAGAUAAAGUAUUUAACUCGGGUUAAAGUGUCUCUGGCGCCCCUCGCGUCUCCUCGCAGCCCGUGCAGCUCCACACCAGACAGUGACUCAAUGUAUAACGGUGAUCAUAGAUGUUUCUCCCAGCUCCCGGAGCCACAUAACUGGGAUUUUACAACAAUCAUUUUCUACUAGGACUGCCCCCGCCCCCUCCACUCGGGUUUAGCACGGAACCGCACGGCACGGCUCGACUCGCUGUCAGCCCCGGCCCUCCUCCAGGGCUGCCUGAGCCGGCGUUUGAUUGGAUUAGAGUCGGCUAGCCUUUGCCCUCUAACCCCGCUGAUGUUGGCUGGGUGCUUCCUGCUCCCUCUGACCGACUGACGAAGCUCGCCGAAGCCGCACGGCGAAGCGCCCUGCACGGACACAGCCGACCGGGACGAGCCGCUACACCCCGACCAGACAAGAGUACGAGUCACGCAACGCACCGGCAGGCGGACGGAGAAAACGAGGCAGCCAUGCGGAGGAAAUCGAGGAUAUUGUUAUGCUUUGCGGUGCUGUGGGUGCUGGGGAUAGCCUACUACUUCUACUCGGGGACAGUGUUGAGUCGAAAGGAUGAUUGGGGCUCCAGUGACUCGUCCAUUAGGAGCAAAGCUCACAUGUCUGACGACAAGACUCACGGCUUGGAGACUCUGCCACCAGGUAAGGUGCGCUGGCAGGAUUUUGACCAGGAUCUAUAUGUUGGCGCCACAGUGGUCCGACCGGGUCAGGAUCCAUACGCCAGGAACAAGUUCAACCAGGUGGAGAGCGACAAACUCCGUAUGGACCGAGCGGUGCCUGAUACGAGACAUGACCAUUGCAGACAUAAACAAUGGAAGUCAGACCUGCCGGCCUCUAGCGUCGUCAUCACCUUCCACAAUGAAGCUCGCUCUGCUCUGCUGCGGACUGUGGUCAGUGUCCUGAAGAAAAGUCCUUCUCACUUAGUCAAAGAGAUCAUUCUGGUUGACGACUACAGUGAUAAUUCGGAGGAUGGAGCGCUGCUGGGGAAGAUUGAAAAAGUGCGUGUGUUGAGAAACGACCGCAGAGAAGGACUGAUGCGUUCAAGGGUUCGUGGUGCAGAUGCCGCCACGGCACCCGUCCUCACCUUCUUGGACUCCCACUGUGAAUGUAACGACCACUGGCUGGAGCCACUGCUGGAGAGAGUGGCUGAGGACAAGACCAGAGUAGUGUCUCCUAUCAUUGAUGUCAUCAACAUGGACAACUUCCAGUAUGUUGGAGCCUCGGCCGACCUGAAAGGAGGUACGGUUUUUGACUGGAAUUUGGUGUUUAAAUGGGACUAUAUGACUCUGUAUCAGAGACGAGCCAGACAAAGCAAACCCAUCGCUCCCAUUAAGACUCCAAUGAUAGCAGGGGGUCUAUUUGUCAUGGAUAAAGAUUACUUUGAUCUGCUGGGAAAGUAUGACAUGAUGAUGGACGUAUGGGGAGGAGAAAAUUCAGAAAUCUCAUUUCGUGUGUGGCAGUGUGGUGGCAGUCUGGAGAUCAUCCCCUGUAGCAGAGUUGGCCACGUCUUCAGAAAGCAGCAUCCAUACACCUUCCCUGGGGGCAGCGGGACUGUGUUUGCAAGGAACACGAGGAGAGCAGCAGAGGUGUGGAUGGAUGAGUUUAAAAACUUCUACUAUGCUGCCGUCCCCUCAGCGAGAAAUGUCCCCUACGGAAAUAUCCAGAGUCGUAUGGAGAUGAAGAAGAGAUUAGGAUGCAAGCCAUUCAAAUGGUACCUGGAGAAUGUCUACCCUGAACUGCGAGUCCCAGACCACCAGGACAUAGCAUUUGGAGCGUUGCAGCAGGGAGGGAACUGUCUGGACACCUUGGGUCACUUUGCCGACGGUGUGGUCGGCGUCUACGAAUGCCACAACGCCGGAGGAAACCAGGAGUGGGCCCUGACCAAGGACAAGUCAGUCAAACACAUGGACUUGUGUCUGACUGUUGUGGACCGAACGGCUGGCUCCCUCAUAAAACUACAAGCCUGUCGAGAGAACGACAGCAGACAGAAAUGGGAGCAGAUUGAGUCCAACUCCAAGCUUCGUCAUGUGGGCAGUAACCUCUGUCUGGACAGCCGCAGCGCCAGGACGGGCGGACUCACUGUGGAGGUCUGCAGCCCGAGCCUCAACCAACAGUGGAAGUUCACCCUCAAUUUACAAUCAUAGGGGGCGCUACCAACCCCAGAAGAGCUGGAUAGAGACACCAAUAGACUCUGAAACACGAUAAAGAGAUGGACACAGACUUGAGGAGAAAGACCAACUUGAUGGAUAAAUGGAUCCUUCUCGCUCCUCCUACUCCUCCUCAGAGGUGCAGCCAGUCGUCUAUACACCUCUCCCCCACCCUCACCCCUCCCAAGAUAACCAAGAGCCACACCUACUGGGGGAGGGACUUGUAGACCAUAAUGGAGUAAACAGGAAACUGACUGUUUUUGGUGGAUGGAUUGUGACAGUGAUGAUCAUAAUGAGGAUAAACGCGAUGAAGAGGCUUUCCAUCUAAACUACAUACCUCAGUGUUUUUUCAUUGAUGGUUCCAGAGGCUAAUUUUGUUCUUUUACUUUCUUUAAUGCUGGUGAGGUAGAACUCUUUUUACUUUGUAAUUAUUUUAUUUUAUUAUUAAUAUUUUUUAUUUCUUGCUGUUAACUCUUUGCGAAGGUUUCGUAGGAGUUUUCUUCGUUCUUGAAAGAAUGGCUCGAGCUCGGGCCGAGAGCGAGAGUCUGUACCGGCAGAUGGAGGCUUCAGGUUGUGAUUUGGGUGAGGUUUGGGUGUGGAGGGACGUGAAGGGAAGAAAUGGACUCGAAUCUUUGAGCUGUUCCUUUUUACUCAUUUGUUCACAGGAUCAACAGAGAAAAUAGAGGCAGAGGGGAGAGAAGAAUGCUGUGAUUUCUGCUUUAAUUUCUACACAGUUUUUCUACAGCUUGUGUCUUGGGGCGGGGGUCCAGGGAAUAGCUUCUCUGCUUUGGAUGUGGCCUGACAUCGAUUUGGUUUGGCCGACCAGGAAGUGUCUUGAAGCCACCCCUCAGGAUUUACUGUUUGUCGUCCGACUGUAGCACUGGCUGCCACAGUAUCUUCACUUCUACACCAUUAUGUCUCUAAAGAAACAAUACACAGAAAAAAAAUCUCUUAACAAAAAUCUCUUUUUUGUUGUUUACUUUUGUCAAAAAAAGAUGGAAACCAAAUUUCAAAUGGAUGUUUUUGUGUUUCAGGAAUACCAGAUGAGUGAUUAAAAGAUUUUUUUCUUUACUUACUCUCGCUGCUCUCUAACUGCUCCCUGUGGAGCAGCUCAGUUUAUACAUCUUCUUUUCCUGCACCAAUAUAUUUCUUUGCCUGUGUCUAAUAUUGCCAUUGUAGGAAGGUUACGGUCUAACAAUCACACCCAAACAGGAGUCAAUGUUGCAGCUUUUCCCCUAAAGGUAAACGGGGUGUUGCAAAAGGAUAAUUGUAACAUUUAUAAUACACUUUCAACAUUCACCUGCCCGCUCUUGCAUGGCAAUAGAAGGAAACACUAGCGCUAAUAUGUGGCUACUAUUUCGACACGGUCCCACUUGUUGACAAGAGUAAAACCUUGCUUAUUCCAGUCUGUGAACAGAUAUGCAAAAAGAAAACGGUUUUCUGGCUGUAGUCAAACUGCAGGAAAUGUGCAUGCACAUGUGUUCUGAAAAGCUCCUUCUAGCUGCAUGCAUCAGCUCCCACUCGGUUAGAAGUGGUUCCCAUCAACAUGGUUUUUUCUUUCUUCAUUGGCCUGUUCGAUGAGCCAUCUGUUUAGAAGUUUGAAACUGCAAUAAACAAGGUUUUACUGUUUGUCCUCACUCUGUUCCUGCUAGAAGUGAGCAGGUUUUUCUGAUGGCACUAGCAGGACUGCGCAGUUGUGGCUGAUACACAGUACCAAUAAGAACACUUCUCAUUGGUAAGAUUUCAGUGUCCCCAAACAGCAUUGUGCCACGUUUUUUUGUUCCCUCAAAGGGUUACUGAUACCAUUUAUCUGUUUGCUAUAAUUCAUCACCUGAUGCCUGCUCUGCAUCUUUGCAACACUAGUUUUUCCUGGGCUUCAACAUGGGUUUGUCUUAACUGCUAUGAUCCUCUGUAUUGUUAGUCAAGGAUGGUGUAGUUUGAUGAAAUUGGUUCUGAUUAAAUUUGGAGCGACUCAUCACUUGGCAGCGACGAACACUAAACAUCUUUGACUGGAUAUACAGAAAUGGCUUAUAAAAACCACGUAAUCUAUUUCUGGGUUUAUUUAAGUAAGAAGUUGCAGCCUCAAGUGUUCUUUAAUGUCAAAUAUCCUCGCUGUUUUUCAAUAUGUCUCUCCAUCUCUCACAUUUCCAUCUUUACCUGUAAAUGAUUUCUUUGAUUUACUGUGUUACUGAAACUGACAAAGACAGCUGUUCAUGCUUGAUGUGCUGUCUGAUACUUUUUCAUUCUCUGUUCCAUCACUUUGUUAGUUUGUUUAUUUGCCAUUGUGUUCCUUGUACCUGAUGUUUGCCUUGUCUUGAACAUUCACAUGACUUUAGGCAGAGUUCGCGGAGUUGAGACUGCAGCUGGUUGAAAAGCCUAUCCUGUGACUUGACAGGCCGGUACGAUGAGGCCAGAACCGAGGGUGAGCCUGGAUGUGAGGAACGUUCCUGUAGACAUGGUGACCAGACUCAAGGGCCCAAAUCUGAUUUACGCCUUCAGUUAGAUUGUAUGUGAAGCAGGAGGUGGAGUUUCCACUGAGAACUGGAAAUGUGUUUUUGUUUGUUUGCCAUUCUUUUGAGAAACUGCAGAAAAAUUAUGAAACACUCCACUGUCUUAAUUUCUUAAGAAUGUUGCAAAUCACUAAUUUUAAAAGCUGAUUGAUAUG